AUGUAUUUUCGCCCAAUUCGUUUAUUUAAAUCGCUUGUUAUAUUUACUUGUGUCGUUAUUGUUACCUAUGAAAUCUAUCGUUUAUUAUUACACCCAACACACAAAUUGUCAUUAAUACGACAUGAUCAUAUUCCAUCAAUAUUAUUAUCCAAAGAUGGUUUUGAACAUAUUUCUGAUAAUCUUGAGCCGUUUUAUAUUCCAUUACCCAAUUUUUCUGAUGACGAAGCAAGAAACUGGUUUUAUAGUUCGUCUUAUUAUAAAGUAAAUUCAAAAAAAUGCCCACAUGGUUCAUGCGAAGAAAAGGGUGUUUUCUUCAACAAUACAAAAGAACAUCUUUCAGUUAAUAUUUUUCUUGUUAAAAAUGGUCUCUACUUAAAUGAUGAUUGUGGUUAUAACUAUGGAGAUAACGCUACUCAACGUACAUUCAAAAAUCCUGAUGAAACUACUGUUAUUUAUGAUAAGGCUAUUCUUUAUCCUGUUCCAGACGGUUGGAGUUUUCAACAUUUUCUUGAUGGAAUUGGUCCAAAAUUAUCUCAUUCAAGAUCUUAUCUACAAAAAUAUCCAGAUGCUAAAAUUAUCAUUUUAGAAGGUGUUCGAUUUGAUCGAUCUGUUAAAGAAAUAUGGUCUAUGCUAGGAGUUGAAGAAUCUGAACGAAUAAUUCAUUAUAGUUCAUCAAUGAAAAUCGGUGCUCGACUUCUGAUAAAUCCAUGUCGCACUCCUGGUAUUCAUCCUCGAUUAUGGCAAGAUGCUCGAAAAAUGUACUGGUCAAUAUCUGGUUUACCUAAUCCAAAAAGUCAAUUAAAAAGAAAUAAUCUAAUAUACAUUCAACGAACGGCAACAAAUGCAAUGAAUGGUGCUCGUCUUAUAUUAAAUGAGGAACCAUUUAUAAGAGUUCUUCGUGAUUAUAGUGCAAAGUAUUCAUUAAAUUAUGUGCAAUAUGAUCAUUCAAAAGAUAAAGAUCAUAUUCGUUCUCGUAUUGAACUUUUUUAUAACGCUAAGAUUAUAAUUGGUGUUCAUAGUGGAGCAUUAUCAAACAUGAAUUUUGCACAAUCAGGAACAACAAUUAUUGAAAUUAUGCCAUACAAAUCUGAUUCAAGUUCACUUCCAAUGACUUGUUCAAUGUAUCGACCUGAAAAUAUUCAAGCAUGUGCUGGAUACAUUUUAUAUACUCAAGCACGAUUAUUAAAUCAGUCUUAUUGGAUUUUACCAAUUGUUGUAAAUGCUGAAGGCAAUCUCAAUGUUGAUACGAAUCGAGUACAAAAACUUUUCGAUCAAAUUGAAUAA